AAAAACGACAAAAGGAGAGCAGGCGGAGUACGACGUCGAAGGUCGAAGCUGAGGGCCAUGGCUCGUGGGCAGCAGAAGAUUCAAUCCCAGCAGAAGAACGCCAAGAAGGCAGCAGAGAAGAAGAAAUCUCAGGGCGCCGACCAGAAGACGGCCGCGAAGGCCGCUCUGGUCCACACCUGCCCCGUGUGCCGGACACAGAUGCCCGACCCCAAAACCUUCAAGCAGCACUUUGAGAGCAAACAUCCUAAAUCCCCGAUGCCUCCCGAGCUGGCUGACGUUCAGGCAUAAGGCGCUGCACAUUGGACCGAAUCCUGAUCCACAUCGACCACAGAGGAAACGCCGACUCGCGGCCUGACGGAUGUUGAACACUGGGACCUGUCAGUAUUCACCGACAGCAGGAGGGGUGCGGAUGUGUGUAUAUGCUGUGUGUGUACGUAUGCGUGCAUGUGUGUGUGUGUGUUUGUGUAAGAGAAAAACAGUAACGAUGGGGCAGACACAUACCAGCAGCCCACUUUUCUAUUUAUUGUGCGACUACCUUGCUUUCUGAUCUCCGGGGGGGGAGAAGCAGCGCCACGGGUUGAUAAUGCUGAAUUAAUCUCGCCACUAACGAAGGGGAGGGGGGGUUGUCUUAAAAAUAUAAAAGAUGUGUGACUAUGGCGCCUGGCGGUGGAGAUGAUGCGUUCAUGUGUCCUCGGUCACACGGAUGCUGCACUGCUCCAGUCCAUUCCUUGUUUCACCCUGUGGAAAGCCCGGGUGUGGGACCAUUGGCUGCUCAGAAAAAAAAAGAAAAAAAGACCAAAACUCAUCCAGUGAUUCCAUUUUAUUUUGAAGGAUAUUGAGUGUGAAGUUUCGUUUUGCCUCCUCUGCUGCUGCUCCACAGGAUUCCACUCUCAGAAACAACAGUACCUCACGUUAAACCACACACACACUCCCUUGUGGUUCCUUUCCUUUUCUUAAACUCCACACGUCACCUCGGCAAUAAACCGUUAAAGCAGGAAGAGACGCGUCACGCCAGGCAGACCGCCGUUUUCCUUCCUCGAUGACUCUAACAACGCGGCGCUGUGCUCGGCGAUGCUUUUCGGUGGGAAAUGUGGGCGGCCCCGCGCACCGACUUGAUUUACUGCCAAAACGAUCCACUCCUUCUGGUUCUUUGUGUUCACUAGCAGAUAAAAACUUAACCAAUUUGCUUUCACUGUUUUUGUUUACUCUUUUCAAUAAAUUGAACCAUGUAUUUAAUGCGA